AUGAAUGAUACUGAAACUGAAUACGCACAAGGGAAUAAUAUUCCAGUGGCACCGUUUAAUUCUACGCCCAAGAACCUGCCCAGAAUCCGAACUUCUCCGCAAACACAGCAGACACAAAGGGUGACGAAUCAGGAACGAACUCCACAACCGCAAAACCUUAGACAACCCCAACCGAGUGGACGAGGAGCCCAUGGUAACAGAGGGGGUAGGGGCGGUGCACCAAGACGGGCGGCAGCAGAGUCUGAACAUACAAUUGUCAGGGGGUCAAGAUUGGGUAAACAGAUCACAAAUACGGUGGUUCAUAAUCAGUGCGAUAUUCCCGAAUCCUCAUACAGAACUGAUAUGGACUACGAACUUUUGGGAGACCCUCCUAAUGUACCAAGAGGGUCUUCAUCACGACCAAAUGACGUGGACGCUACCAUGAGCGAUGAGACUGGCGUAGGCCAGGGUGCAGUGUCUAGGACUUUUAGACGCACCCUCAAACAAUAUUGUAGGGACUUUUCUUCCAACAUUAUAUGCCUUUUAGAACCUAAAACAUCAGGUAACCAAGCGAACAACAUCUGCUUUGGCCUGGGGUUCGAUGAAUGGGUUCGCAUCGAAGCAGUGGGCUUCUCGGGUGGUAUUUGGGUUCUAUGGAAUCUGCCUCUCAAGGUAGUUGUCAUGAACAAACACUCACAGUUUAUUAACCUACAGGUUGAAGAACAAAACGUAACCCCAUGGGCACUAACGGUAGUGUAUGGCAGUCCAAAUAUGGCUCUGCGUAGAGAUCUAUUUGCUAACCUCUCUUUUCAGGACCUCAACCCCCUAUCUCAGUGGCUGGUGUGUGGGGAUUUCAACUCCGCGGUCAGCAUAAAUGAGACAAGCAAUACGAAUCAUUUCAAUUUUGCAAGAUGUUCAGAUUUUAGAAGUUGGAUCUUUCGUGAAAGCUUGGUGGACUUGGGCUAUACUGGUGCGAAGUUCACAUGGAUGAGGGGGAUCAAUUCAAGCACAUUUAAAGGAGCACGCCUAGAUCGAGCCUUAUGCAAUACACAAUGGAGAAUCAAUUACCCGGAAGCUAUUGUGAAUCAUCUGCCAAUGGCCAACUCAGAUCACUCACCACUUGUGAUUACAACGACUCCUCGGAGCAAAGCCGGCGGCCCUGCGAGAUUCAGAUUCAAUAUGGCGUGGUCAAUGCAUAAGGAUUUUUUGAACUGUAUUCGGAAUGCAUGGAUCCCAGACAGAGAGCUGGAAGUGAAUAAAACGUCAGUGGCCAAAGCACUAACAGCAUGGAACACCAACACAUUUGGAAACGUUUUCCAAAGGAAAAAACAAUUACUGGCCAGGAUAAGGGGAAUACAGAAAAGCCUCUCCCAACGAGCUACCACUAAUCUCAUAAAACUCGAAAGGAGACUGAGGAAUCAACUCGAUGAUGCACUACUUCAAGAAGAAAUAAUCUGGUAUCAGCGUUCAAGGGAGGAGUGGUUGAGGUCAGGUGACAACAACACACGAUAUUACCACACGGCUACAGCGGUGAACAAGAAUAGAACCAAAGUGAAAAGACUAAAAACGGACAAUGAAGUUUGGCUGUCAGAUAGAAACUUACUACUCGAUCACAUUCAAGAACACUUUACUGCAUUAUUUUCAGAAGUUCAUAUCAGAAGUCCCAAUAUUUUAGCUCAUGGCCAGUACCCCACUCUAACUGCUCAGGAUUGGCAAGAAGUGAACAACCCUUUCAAGCCAGAGGAAAUAAAGCAAGCAUUAUUUGAAAUGGAUCCAUGCAAAGCCCCAGGCCCAGAUGGAUUUACAGCAGGUAUACUGCCCCCAGGAACCAACGAUACUAUCAUAUCACUAAUACCAAAGGUUGCAAAUCCAGAAUCGGUUAAACAAUUACGCCCAAUUGGCCUCUGCAACGUUGUAUACAAGUUAGUGACCAAGACAAUGGCAUCCCGGCUAAGGGGGAUUUCAAAGAAGCUAGUAGGUCCUCACCAAACAAGUUUUGUGCUGGGCAGGCAAAUUGCAGACAACAUUAUAGUACUCCAGGAGGUCCUCAACUCAAUGAGAACUAGGAAAGCGAAAGUGGGAUGGAUGAUUAUGAAAAUUAGAACUAGGAAAGCGAAAGUGGGAUGGAUGAUUAUGAAAAUUGAUCUGGAGAAGGCAUAUGACAAGCUGGCCUGGAGCUUCAUCGAGGAGUCACUAUCCGAGAUAGGCUUCAACACAAAAUCUGCUCUUUACUUCUCCAACAAAACUCAAGAGGAGCUGCAACAGAGCAUUGUCGACUUAACAGGGAUUCCCAAAGUGGGAGAUCUUGGAAGAUACUUAGGUGUCCCUUCAGUACAUGGAAGGUUGAAAAAAGAAUCGUUUGCCAGUCUCAUUGAGAAGAUGCACCAGAGGCUAGCGGGGUGGAGGUCGAAAACCCUCUCCUUGGCCGGGAUGUUAGUCCUCACCCAGUCAGUCCUGUCAGCUAUACCCUACUAUCUGAUGCAGACCACAGCGCUGCCAGCAGGAGUGAUCAGCGAAAUGGAACAGCUGAUAAGGAAUUUUUUAUGGGGAAGCUCUCCUAAUGCAAGAAAAUGUCAUCUAGUUAAUUGGGAUACAAUCACCAAAAGCAAAUCUGAGGGUGGACUAGGACUGCGCAAAUUAGAUAAGAUGAACGAGGCAUUCCUAGCAAAACUCGGGUGGCGACUCAUGCAAAACGAAGACAGCCUAUGGACUCAGCGUCCCCUCAUAUACCAUGCUACCUCCACAAUUACUCUAGUAGACCGAUACAGAGUAGUAAAUUCUUACUGGAGUAAAGAUCACGGAUGGAAUUGGGAAGAGCUGCAGGACGUCCUCCCAGAAGCAUCACGGAACGAACUAGCGGCCACCAUAAUCAUCGAUGAUGCCGAAGCACAGGACUCAAUUGUUUGGAGACAUGGGACAUCCGAAGUGUUUUCUGUAAGCUCAGCUUACGACUUGGCAUCGAACUACUCCACCACGUUUGAGGCAGCAAAGUGGAACGCGGUAUGGAAGUUGAAGGUUCCAAAGAGAACCAAAAUCUUCAUAUGGCUGGCCCAUCAUGAGAGAAUAAUGACAAAUAGUUUGAGGGCAAGGAGGGGAAUGACAGAGAACACCAACUGCUGGCUUUGCAGAGAUGAAGUGGAAGACACUGAUCACGUUUUGCGCAAGUGCCCGGCUGCUGAUACAGUAUGGUCCAGAUUACUACCUACAUUUUACUGGCAGACAAAGAAUCUACCAUUUAAGGAUUGGUUAGACAGAGGAAUAGCCAAUAAAGGCAACCAACUCAGGCCAGAGAACGAAAAUAUCCUAUUUGCAGUGGCUAUUUGGUGGAUUUGGAAGUGGAGAAACGAUAUGGGAAGAGUUGAGGUGGUCAAAACCAGUUGA